UCCUCCGCUUCCUGCCUUCGACGUGUGUGCACCUCCGGUCCACUUCUUGAUGUUUCUCACCCCUCCCAGAGAGCUGCCACAUGACCUGUCAAGUAGGAAGUGUCGAAGCUACAGAGCAGCAGCAGAGACAGCAGCGGCCAUCAACACAGUGAGGUAGCUGUGAAAUCUCCGGAGUCUAAUUCUCGACGUUUCUCGCAAGAUACGUUUUCCACCUCUACCUCCAUCUCUGUUGAAGCAGGCUCAGCAAUAAGUUGUCCGUAGUCAUGUACGUGAAGGUGGUGUUUUUUGCGGUAGCUCUGGCUCUGAUUGGCGCGGCAGCCGCGACGGACUCAGAUAAGUGUGCCCUGCAGGAAUUAUGUGAAGCUUGUGAGGGCUUCUCUGAAUGCCGGUGGGCUAAUUGCUCAACAAAUGUUGGCUGUCACAAUCUGACUGUUAUAGGGAAUGACACCGCCUGUAGCAACAUUAGCUGCACCGCUACACCGACUCCAACUGUCUCACUGGUCACUAAUUCGACCGCACCCACUACGGUCUCCCAUAUCUCUGUAACCACCUCUAACAGCACCACAGCCAAUAAAACCACUACCACCGUUGCACCGACUCAGCACACCAACAGCUCGACCACUACUUCAGCUGCAACCAACACGACAGUUACCCCAACACCUGCCCCUCACAAGAACUCGACUUUCGACGCUGCAAGCUUCAUCGGUGGAAUAGUGCUGGUCCUGGGCCUGCAAGCCGUCAUCUUCUUCCUCUACAAAUUCUGCAAGUCCAAGGACCGCAACUACCACACCCUUUGAAAUGGCCGCACCUUGAGAUCCGCAUCACUCGACCUAUCCUCAGCAACUAGACCCCUCCAGAGAAAGCUCCCCGAUAAGCACGCACUCAUUAGAGUGAUCUCAAACAGUGUUUCCAAGCAGGUUUCUGAUUUCUUAUAUAUAUAUAUUUUUUUUAAACUCUUUCAUCUUUCAGGCACUUGCGGUUUUAGCCUGUAUUAGUGCUGCUGUUGUAGUCUGUAAAAAAAGGCACCCACGCAUGCCUGUAUGUAUGAUAAAUCAGCAGCCAAACAGAUCCUCGGUGAUGAGGCAUUCAGGCCCUGAGCAUAUGGAUUACAUCAUCCGGUAGCUACUCCCACCUCCAUCAUGCAAUUAGUCAUUUCUGCAAAGACCGUUUCCCAGCAAAUCAGUGAGGUCGGGUGUGGGGGGGGGGUUGCUUGUUAUUUACAGCCCUUCGUCUCAUGCCGUCGACAAUUUAAAUAUAUCACAUAGGAGUUAAAGAAUUAGUCAUGUAUAAAGAGCGGCUCAGGAGUCGUACAGCUGCAAACAUCAUCUUGAUUUGGAAACACUGUUUGAGUUCACAACUGUUCUUUAACGUCUUGACUUGAAUGAUUCAGUUUUGCUUUUGGCCUGUUAAAUUGUGGUUUCCUCCCUCUGUGCAGCUGUAUUAUGUAUAUGUGUUUAUAGAUGACGUUAAAGAGGCAAGGACACUUACAAAAAGGGAUAAAAGCAGAAUUAAAUCAUUUAAUGUCAGGACUAAAAAAAACAAAACACAAAAAAAACAGGCAUAUUUAUUGAUGGGUGUCUCUAGUAAGAUUUAGGAGUGCUGUGUGUUUUCUCCUGCUGAAUUCCCCCACCUCAAUACAAGAUGUUAAAGCGCCAGCUGCUAGUGGGGCAGCUCAGUGCAAUAAAUCAUGAAUCUCCUUCAUUUCACAGCCAUUAAUCUCCCAAGUUUCUGAACUUAACCGACAUCAAAUCAUACCCACUCGGGUUCCUAACGUAGAGCUGUCCCUUUCUUUCUGUGGAGUAAGUUGAAAGGGUGAAAAAUGAAUGAUUGUAGAAUAUUUAAAUGUAUAAAAUGGAGAAUGCGGAGGAUUUAAAAAAAAAAAAAAAAAAAAAAAUGGCAGCCACAUUUCUUGAUA